AGGAACCGCGUCCCUCUUAGCUGCUAUCCAUGCAGAACCAGAAAGCUGUAAGCACGCGCGCACAUCAAGAUCUACGCACACACCAAAAUCUCGGCAUCGGCACCGAGGCAAAGGUUAUGCCGCUUACACACGUUACCUGGGUUUAGGAAAUGUGACAGGAGUCACCCAUGCAGCAACUGCGUCAAGCGUGAGGGUGCGGAUACGAGCAGCUGCUCGUACGCAUCACCUGCGACACGUAAAAAGAACCAAAGUCAAGGCGCAACGAGCCCGGAUGACAUGCAGAACCGUAUUGACCGUUUAGAAGGCCUAGUAUUAGCACUCAUGCACGGAGGCGCCAACUUGGAAGGGUUGGGGGCGGCGGCCGCCACGACGGCUUCCUCGAGCGCCUCGGCCACGCACACCGGCGCGACGCCGACGACGACGACGACGACGACCGACGGGACAUCCUCGGCGCGAAACGAAACGCAUGGCCAUCUCGACGGCACUAGAGACGACGGAGACGACGACAGUGAUAUUGAGAACGGGCUCUCCACGUCGCUCGGGUUCCUGAAGGUGGAUCCGGAGAAGGGCAAGUCGAUAUACAUUGGUCAGGAACACUGGCACAGCAUCCUGUCUGGCAUUUCGGAGGUCAAGACGUACUUCAUCAACCACAAAAAAGACCUUGAAAAUAGCUACGCGCGGGUGCGCCAGAGUAAACCGCCGUCGGCUCUCCAAGGGCUCACACUCCUACUGGGGGCAGCACCUGCCCCUGAGGUCGAGCUGCGGGCAGAGCUGCCGUCCAAGUCGAGCGUGCUCACGCUUUGUGGGCGGUAUUUCAACUCGAUGGACAACGCCGUCAACAUUGUACACGCGCCCACGUUCCACCAGACGCUCCAGAAACACUGGGAAGACCCAUCACAGACACCCAUCAUGUGGCUAGGCAUGCUCUAUUCCAUUCUGUGCCUGGCCAUGCUCAGCUACCACAAGGUUGGCGACGAGCCGGCCGAGUGGAAAGGCCGCUCGCUCGAGCUGGCGGCAGAGUACCGGCUGAGGACAGUGCAGUGCCUUGUCACGGGGGACUACACCAAACCAGGCGAAUACACGGUUGAGACGUUGAUAUUGUACAAAUUCGGCGAAUACUCGUCCCGAUACGAUGCCGACGUGGGUCUGUGGAUGAUAAGCGCCCUGACCACGAGAGUGGCCUUCAGGAUGGGAUAUCACCGAGACGCCAAAUGGUUCCCGUCCAUAACGCCGUUUCAGGCUGAAAUGAGACGGCGCACGUGGGCCCUGAUCAGGAUGUGUGACAUCAUGUUUUCUCUCCAGGUCUCUCUCCCAGCAAUGAUACACGACGAGGAUUGCGACACGCAGCUCCCCAGCAACAUCUUUGACGAGGAAUUCGGGCCCGACACCAAAGUCCUGCCGCCGUCGCGCCCGCGGACGGAACCGACGCCGAUGGCAUACAUGAUCGCCAAGGUGCGGUUAGGGCUAGAGCUGGGCCGCAUCAUCCAGGCAACGACCAGGAUCGGUGCGCAGGUGCCUUACGAUGAGAUCCUUCGCCUGGAUGCCAGGCUGCGGGAGGUUGUUGCCGAGCUGCCUCCGCAUCUGAAGCUGCAGCCCCUCGAGGGUUCGCACGAUCCGCUCACGCUGAUCAUCGCGCGGCUCAACAUUGACAUUCUCGUGCAGAAGAUAUUUUGUCUGCUGCACCGCAACUAUUUGCCCCGGUCGAGGAAAAACCCGCGGUAUGCCCACUCACGGCGCACGGCCAUCGAGGCGUCAAUGGAGACGCUGCGGCACCUGGAGGCGAUGCACAGAGAGUCACAGGGGAACGGGCGGCUCCGGUCGAUGCAGUGGUUCUUCAAUUCGGUCGCCACCAAGGAGUUUCUUACGCCGGCCAUGCUUGUCGGGUUCGACCUCCACUACGACAACAUGGAAGAGAAGUCGGGCCAGCGCCAUGAUUCGCAGGGACUGUUCUUCUGGACCCCCCAGCAGCGAAUCCAGAUGGUGAAGGCGCUCGAGGUAACGCGCGGGAUUUGGGACGGGAUGAAAGACACAUCGGUGGACGCAUGGAAGGCGUCCCAGGUCCUCCGAAUCCUGCUCGAGAAGAUCAGAAGCCCUGGGCCGGACCCAAGCGGCACGGCGGCGGCGCCUCCGAGACAGGACGGCUUUGGAUUUUUUGGCGCACCCUCCAGUUCGGAGCUGAAGCCUGAGCACUCGGCAGCCAUGACACUUGGUAUGCUCUCGGGCGGUGGUCUGUCGCCAAACACGGCGGCCAUGCUAGACUCGAUACAGAGUCCAGGGGGCGCAACAUACGCGGCUCCUUCGGCGAUGGGUAUGGGUGGCGAGGCCUCUGGGCAGGCACAGGCGGCCAUGUCUCCCGAUUUCAACAUGGACAUGUUUACGGGAAUCAACAACGCGGCGUCUCCAUUCGCCUCCUUGAUGAACACGGGGAACCCCAUGGACUUUACUACCACGGGCGGCUUUGACUGGGACGCCUUUGAGAGCUAUGCACAUUCGGCAAGCUUCGCGCCGGACAACUUCCAGUUCAUCGGUAGCGUGGCGCCGAUCCCUGGCGGGUCAACGAUGGACGGCAGCUCGGGCUUUGCGUUCAACAGUCCAAACGCACAACAAGGAGAGCCAUCGGGAGAGUUUGAAAAGAAGACAUGA